AUGGCUUUCACAAGUAAAACAAUCCUCUUCAGCUUUGCUCUAACCCUAACUUCAUUCCUCUUUGUUGGCAACGUGGAGUCUUCAAAGGAUCUCCACGUUGUAGAACACGAUCUCCGAUCUGAUCUCGUGGCACUCUGCCAUAAAACCACGAACCCUAAACUUUGUCUAGACACAAUUAAACCACACUUCCUCAAGAGAGAAGUUACUCCCCUUCAGGCUCUCGAAGUUGAAGUUGAUGCGACUCAUGAACAAACUGUAAAAACUAUAGAUGUCAUUGGUACAUCACUUGCCAAACACAAGGGUUCCAAAUCAUUGAAGGAUUCUCUUGCUAUAUGCAAGGAUCAAUACAGUAGUAUUUUGGAUGCUAUCAAACAAACCAAAGAAGCAAUCAAGAAUCAAGAUUUUAGUACAGCCAAGAUGCAAUUCAGUUCUGUUUUGUCAUACCAAGCAUCUUGCAAGGAUGCAUUUGAAGGGAUGGAGAAGGAGUUCUCCUUUUCUAAUGACUCUGAUGCUGUGUUUCAGUUGGGAGGAAACUGUUUGGACAUCAUUACUGAUAUGGAAAAAACUGAGGGUCCUCCUAAGACUCCACAAAUAGUCCCAACACCCACUUCAUUUCCUACUAAAUUUAAGAACGUAAUUGGAACUAUAGGCUAA